UAAUACAUCGUUGUGAGAUAAUCACAAUUUCAAUUGUGCUCAAUAGUUACACAAAAAGGGUAAUAUACAUACUAGAUCACGUGAUAGCUGAUAAUAUAGUUAGUAUAAGCUAUGAUUUAUGAAGCGCUUAAUGUUUGAAGAUUAAUUACGAGCAUCAAACCACAUAACAUUACGUAUUUUAAAAUCAGUACAAGUGGAAUUAUAUUCAUAUAAACUGAUUCAAACGAACAUGCUAUAAUUCCAAUUUUAAAAGUAAAGGAUUCCACUCUACAAUAUGGAAGAAAAAAAUAAAUAUGAUUAUGGAAUCAAAUCAACUUUAGCUCAAUGCUGGGCGAUAUCAGGACCGUGGUUAUUGCAAAUUGAUCUCGGCAUACAAGUCAUAACUUCCACAAUAGUCAUAGGUGUCUUAGAAAACAACACACUUAAUGACAAAAACGAAUUUUUGACCAUAACAAGCGAAGAAGCAUCUUGGUUUGGUAGUCUGCAAUAUUUAUUCACUCCUCUGGGAAAUGUUUUGUCUUUGCUUUUGUUGGACCGUCUUGGUCACAGGGAGUGUAUGAUACUAACAAAUAUACCGGGCCUAGUAGCUCAGAUCAUACUAUAUUACGCGAAAAAUGUAGAAAUGCUGUACGCCAGCUCAAGUCUGAUGGCACUGAGCAUGGGGCUUCUGAAUGCUCCGUGUCUUGGUUACACCGGGGAAGUGUGCGAGCCGAAACUAAGAGGCACUUUGACUUCGUCAAUGAACAUAUUUUACUAUAUGGGAACCAUAAUAUUGACUAUGAUGUACAGUAUUACCAAGCAAUGGAGAUUGACGGUGAUAUUGGGAACGGUGUUUCCAAUUUUGACCAUUAUUAUAAUAUUGACGACACCAGAAUCUCCGAUAUGGUUAUUGACCAACGGAAAACAUUCAAAAGCAAACCGAAAUCUCCGCAGAUUGAGAGGAAAAGUAUCGCACGAAAAAUGUGAAAACGAAUUUCAAGAAAUGAUUAAAUACAGUGUGCCCGCUAAAAGUGACGAACCGAAUGAUAAAAAUGAUACAAAUGCUUGGAAACAACUUCUUAAGCCCGAAGUACUAAGACCAUUUCGUUUAAUGAUGCUGUACUUCUUCUUCAAGAAUUUAUUUUCUGUAUUACCACUAUUACCGUAUUUAGUAUCAAUAUUUAAUAAAUUUGCCGCACCCGUAAACGUCGAAUGGACAAUAUCAUUUACGAUGAGCCUUUGUAUGGCGGGAAGUGUAAUGGCAGUUUUUCUAAUACGUACAUUGGGCAAACGAUUGCUAACAUUAUUUUCAUUAUCGGUUUGCUCAGUUUGCUAUAUAAUGAUUGGCCUAAUCGGUGUUAAUUGGACAAAUGCGGAACCAUUAAAAUCUUGGAUAGUACUUAUACUUUUUCUUAUCAAUAAUUUAUCUGCAUCGGCUGGAUUAAUGCCAAUCGCAUGGACACUUUUAUCUGAAAUAUUUCCUGCAAAGAGCAAGAACAUUGCCAGCAACCUUAGUACAGUAACAUUCUUUGUGAUCACCUUCUGCAUGACAAAAUAUUAUCCAGAUUAUUCAAAUUUAGUGGAAUUUUAUAAUGUAUUUACUAUAAAUGGUAUUAUUGGUAUAUUUGGCUGUAUAUAUUUCUAUUUUUGUUUACCAGAAACCGAAAACAAAACCUUACAAGAAAUUUCUGAGUUUUUCAAAUAGAAUUUAAAUCUCAAAUGUAUAAUUUAUUUUCUUCAUUAUAUAACAGUCUCAGUGAGUUGUGCUCUAGCAAAGACAAUUUAGAACAGAUUUUUCCCACACUAUAAUUUUUUUUAUUGAUUUGUUAUUUUUUAUGUAACUGACAUUUUUUCGUAUGUUUCUGAUAUAUUUAACCUGUAAAUUAAGUCUAUUUUAAAGUAAAUUUUUCCUAAUACAGGAAUUUUAUAUACAGGGAUUUUAUAUACCUUUGUCGUUUAUAUGUAUUAAAUAGUUAAUAUUUCAAAAAUAUAUUGUCAUGUCAGAGCAAUGACGUAAACUGCUAGAUGUAAAUAUUUGUGUAAUAAUUAUUGUGUUUUAAAUUUUAAUAGUAUUAAUAUUAAUAAUAUAUUAUAAGUCAUAAAUAUAUAAUAUAAUAUGCCUUAUUAAAAUGUUACGAAAUAAAUAACGAUAAAAUUGA